AUGUUUCUUAAUACGCACAGUAAGCACGUGACAGACUCGAGCACGGACGUUCCGAAACGCGCGUUCCUAACAGCAACACAACCUCAUACUCUGAACAUGUGGUCUUACAAGAUCGAAAGGAUACAGCGACUCCCACAAGAGCUCGCAGAUAUCGUCUUCGAGUUCUACGUCGUCACCGUCCCAGCUGAGCAGACCGUCGACAUCACUACUGCAUAUCGGCCUCCCAAGCAACUCCAAACUAACCGCGCAAGCAGACGCGUUGCAGCGGAGCGCUAUUACUCGACCAACACCUUUGUUAUCGAUGGCUUCGACGAGACUUCCGAUGUUCCUAGGUACUGGAACAAUGCCUCCGCCACUAUCAGAUGGCUAAGGAGUCUUCCUGUCGACCACAGCUUCAUGAUCGAGACACUCUCUUACCCGGACCCAUUCGAGUACAUGGAAGGAUUCGCCCUCGAGUCUAACCUUCGAUGGAGGUACGACCUGCUUAUGCAAGGUCUCAAGGAUUCAAGCAGCAUAGCAUUGCGAGAUGACUGCUUGAGAAUGGGAUAUUAUAUCGGGGAAGUGAAUGGGAAGGCGGUGACGCUCAAUGGAAAGCGUGGAGAGCUUGCUGAAAAGCUUGCUAAAUUGCUGAUCGCAAGCUCUCCUCGAGACGCAUUGAAGGCUUUGGUAAAUGGCAGGAGAAAUUGGAUUGAGUUGUGA